AUGGAAAAACAAGUAUAUGCUUUUCUUGAAAAAAACAAACCAAAAACUAAUGAAAAGCUACUGUUAGCUGGAUUUCUGUUGUCUGUGUUAGGAUGGAUUUUAACUGCUACCUGUAACUACUUACCAGGCUGGAAAAAUCUCAACUUAGACAUAAAUGCACCAGAGCUUUGGAGCAUGGGACUCUCAAAGGAUGUAGGAACACAGUCUAAAGAUUUUUAUUCUUUCCUAGAAUUCAAGAUUUCCAUUACUUUAGUAGCUACAUCAAAUGGACUAUGACUUCUGAGCCCUGUGAUCUCCGGUCCUGGUUUGGACUGCCUAAAUGGAGAAUACAGAGCAGAAGAUAAAAAAAAGCUGUUACUACUUGGAGGAAUACUCCAGAUGAUAGCUGGAGACUCUGUCCUUGCUUACACUAUAAUCCAGGAGAUUUGGAAUGAUGACAUCACAGAGAUUCUGCCCAGAUGGGCAAUAGGGGAUGCACUGUUCAGUGAUUGGGUUGGUGGAUUUUUUCUAGUUCUAGGGGGAUCUCUACUCCUCUCUACAAUCUGCUUAUCAUCUGACCACCACUUACGACAGCAGCAGCAGUGGCAGAUAUACAAGAUGCCCAUCGGCAUCUGGAAAUUGGAAAUGGAAGACUUAAAAAAGGGCAGAUACCAGGUUUUCUGA